AUGUCAACUCGAGAGCUCGAAGCUAUGAGAGAGUACCUGAUAGAGAACUUACGUAAGGGAUUCAUUCGCCCGUCAUCUUCCUCUUUCUCGUCACCCGUUUUAUUCGUCAAGAAGAAGAACGGGGACCUUAGAUUCUGUAUGGUCCUGUCGCAUUUCUCCCCCGACUUACGCGACACUCCAUUAGAGCCGAGCCACGCAUUGACAAUGGUGACACCUACUAGCGACCAGUCACUAACACGCGAGAACGCAGAGGCAGCUGCCUAUCCGGCCAGGACCGACAACCCCACCCCUAAUGCUGAGACUGAUUAUCGAAACCCUAUCCUAUCCUUCGACCUCUCUGAUCCUUUUGCCAGAGUAGCCCAGCUGAAAGUGAUCGUGCCAGCCAAUCUGCAAUCCGGUAUCGAUGUUAUCCUAACUGAGCUGCGGCAGCAGGGAGUGUCAGAACAAGCUUUAGCCGACCGGACGGCCGAGAGGGUCGCUCUAGAGUUAGCGAGGACAGCAAAUACUAACGCUGAUUUGGCUCAUCAAAUCUCGGAGUACGCCACGCAGCUUGCUGCUGCCGGCCAAGAGUUAGAGAAACAAAAUGCAGCCCUGCAAGAACGGAAUAUGGCCCUGCAAGAGAAAAUUGCUGACCUAACGGAGCAGGUGACCCGUCAUCAGGCGUCUACGCGUCGGGCGCCUGCCUCCUCGAUGUCUUUUAUAUAUACUUACGAAGAAAGAUAG